AUGACUUCUUUUGGAAAAUAUGUCAGUAAUUUUGUUAAAACUGCAGUUUCAUCUAUAUCACCUAAUAAAAUAAUAUCGUACACCAUAAGUCAAUAUGAAUCCGAAUAUCAAGACUGUGAACGACUUCUACAAGAAAAAUCAAUUUAUUACUUUUACAAAGUGGCAAACCAUUUUGAUAUGGUGUAUUUGCCCGGACUGGUUGGCAGCUCAGGUAGUGGUGAAAAUAUACAUGCUUACAGCUUAUUCCGAUUCCAAGGUGAAGAGGAGGCAGGUGUUGCUAUGUUUUCACGAUUCAUGGAGGUCCUUGAUCCUCUGCAUUUGGCCUGCAUAAGCGUGGGUUUAACUAUCGAUCGUACUUGUUUAGAGAAAAUAACUACUUACUCUCGAAACAACUAUGGUUGGGGAGCUGCUCACGUGGCUGCAGCAAUUUCCUGGCGCGAGCUCUUUCUUGGUGAACCUGUUAGAAGGCUUUUGAAUGAAUAUGAUCCUAUCUCCGGUCUAACUCCAUUAAGAAUUGCUAUAAAGGAAAAAGAUGAAGAAACUGUCCGCUUUUUGGUAACUUUGGACAAUAUUACUGCAUUUGAAAGCGAUGGAGAUGGGAAUACUGUGGUCCAUUUGGCUGCUGAACACGCUUCCAAGAGAAUUUUAUGUCUUUUUCGAUUUGUUUUAUCUCUCCGUCUCUUCUUUCCUUGCAUACACAACAGAUGUGUAGAUCUACUGUUUGCAAACUGUCCACGUUGUAUCAAUCUGCCAGAUUUAAUAAACCAUAACACGCCAAUUCAUUUGACGCGUAAUUUCAAAAUAUUUGAAAGAUUAUGUGAUCUUGGAGCAAAUUUAGAUGCACGUAAUGAUAUGGGACUUACUGUUCUACACAUGAAAGUCCGUGAUAACAAUUUCGAAGAAGUCCUAGCUUUAUUAAUCAAUGGUGCAGAUCCAAAUCUGUGUGAUAUUGACGGAGCAACUCCUUUGCAUUACGCAAUUAUUUAUAACACAUCGAUUCACGUGAUUCGUGCUCUAUUGGCAUUCGAAGCUGAUCCAUGCGCUGUAAAUAACAAUCAGCAUAGCUGUCGACACUUACUUUGUCGUGAUUCUGAAAGAUAUAUACAUUCAGAUGAACGAGAUUUAGCUUUGUAUACUCUGGAUGCAGUAGGUGCUGGUCGAUGUCCUCCAGGUACUGUGAACUGUACAGCAGGUUGUAUGGAUUUGGAAAGUGCUAGGAAAUCUAAUGUCAAUGUAUUCAAUGGUACUCCUCCAGAAGUAGUUCAUCAUUUAGUGGAUCUUGCACGUGAAUCAAUUGAAGAGAUUCUCUUGUCAGCGAAUUCAUUGAAUCUCAGUCGCCUGCAUUCAUUGAGUCAAAUGUCAAAACUGCAUGGUGUAAAUAAUUAUUCCAAUUCUGGCAGUAAAUUGAAUACUAGUAAAUAUUCACGUUCGCUUACUUGUCAACUGAGAAACUCCGAUGAUAGUAAUGAUAGUGGUAACCAGGGUAAAUGUCGAACAAAAGUUCCAAAGUUACAAAGGCGAUUCUCAUUAUGUUCAAAUUUUCAUCAACAAAUGGAGUCUUCUUCAAAUGCUACAUUUCAACCACCUGUUUUCAGUAUCCCCUCUGAUUCAGAAAGUGAACUAACUUCGAAUACGCAUUUCGGUGAAAAAUUAGACUAUAACAGUUUUGCUGAUAUAACAGAGACUGUAAAUCAGUUACCUGUCAAUACACAUGUUAAUGGAGUACAUCUACCAGACACAACAUGCAAGUUUAAACCGAAAAAGUGUACAUGUGAUCGUUCAUUUUUAUCUAAAGAUAAUGAAACACCUACAAGUAUGGAUACAAUGUCGUCAUCAGUUGGCGAAUCAUUGAAUUCAACAACAAACACGCCUAAUCAUCAUUUGAAUGGGGAUACAGAAGUCAUUGAUAUAUCAAGCGAUGAAGACGAAUCAAAUAAAUCAGUCAAUGGAAAUGAAUGGUCUCAUCUACUUACAGGCGGUGUUGGUGGUGUUGGUGGUGAUGGGGAUGGGGAUAAUAGUUAUCCGAAUUUUUCGGGAAAUCGAACACGCGUUAAACGAUGCAGUAAAUGGAGUUGUGGACCAAGAGGUUAUCGUGUUCUAUCACUCGAUGGUGGCGGGAUUCGUGGACUGAUUAUUGUACAGAUACUUCGAGCUUUAGAAAUUGCCAGCGGGAAAAAAGUUACAGAAUUGUUUGAUUGGAUCAUUGGCACAUCGACUGGUGCAGCAAUAUCAUUAUUCAUGACAUGCGGUAAAUGUCUACCCUGUUGUCGUAGUCUACUAUUCCGAUUUAAAGAUCUUGUAUUCUGUGGAAAACGACCGUAUCCAUCUGAAGCGUUAGAAACACUAAUGCGUUAUGAAUUUGGUGAAAACACUGUUAUGACGGAUUUAAAACACAUCAGGGUUGCUGUGACUACACUUGUCAGUGAUCGAUGCCCGCCAUUGUUGCACAUGUUUCGAAAUUACAAGUCUCCUCGUGCUCGUAUACAACACAUUAUGGAGACACGUCAAUGUCGAACGAAAUCCUUUGCAUAUCCAUCGAGAAGUAAAAAAAAUAAUGGGUUCACGCAUCGUCGUUCUACUUCAGUUGUUCAAGAAUCCUCAGAUCGUGAAGCUCAAUCCCCGAAAUCUUCGUCUCUUUCAACUUCUCAUUCCAUUUUAAACUUUUUUAUGAAUGCCCAAGGUCUUUUAACAGGCAAUGAAACCAAUACUGGCCUUUCCACUUCUGAUGUAGGAUCGGGCGAUCAAUUUGAACGUAUUCCUCCGGAUAAUGAGCAACUGGUUUGGAAAGCUGCUCGUGCUUCGGGUGCUGCACCGACAUACUUUCGGCCUUGUGGUCGUUUUCUGGAUGGUGGAUUGAUUUCAAACAAUCCAACGCUGGAUAUUUUAACAGAAAUCCAAGAACUGCAUCUUCUGCAACGUUUAGAAAAUAAACCUAUAACUCCAAUAGCUGUAGUUGUUUCCCUGGGAACUGGUCGAAUGCCUGUUAUACCUGUAGAAACAGUGGAUGUGUUUCGUCCACAGAAUAUUAUGGAAACCUAUCGAUCUGUUCUUGGUUUCAGUUUUCUUGGUCGUAUACUUGUUGAAGUUGCAACCAUGUCAGAAGGUCGAGUUGUGGAUCGUGCAAGUGCAUGGUGUGGUUCACUCGGUGUACCAUUCUUUCGUCUCAGUCCUCCAUUAUCAGCUGACGUGUGUCUUGAUUCCACUGAUGUUAAACAACUUUUACAAAUGGUUGUUGAAACUCAGGCCUACUUGCAUCGAGUUCGUGAUAGAAUUGAGCUCUUAGCCUCUUUGUUAUAA